GAGCCGAGGCCGAGCGGGGAGCCGCAGACUCGCCGCCUGCCCCGAUGGCCACCCCCGAGGAGGAGAGCGGCGGCGGCGGCGUUGGCCGGCCGGGCGCCCGUCGUCGGGGGAGCUCCCCGCCCGGGGCGCCGGAGCUGAUGCGCGCCUUCGAGGGCUCGGCGGCGGCGGGCCGGGGGCUUCCCCGCUGGGGCUGGCGCCUGUGCCUGGCGCACCGCUUCGCCGAGCGCAGGAAGCCCUACCAGGCCUCCGACGUCUCGGCCGCCGACGCCGUCAAGCACCUGGGACUCGCGCUCAGGUCAGCAGACCCGCCGCCGCCGGGCAGGGGGGGGGGAGCCGCCUUGGGCCGCCCCGUCGGGAGCAGCGCCCCGUGCAAAGGCGCGCCCGGGCAAAGGUGAGCGGGAGGCCGCUUUCCGCCGCAGCCUCGCCGGGCUCGAGCACUGGCGCCGUGCCCGGGGCGCGCUCCCGGAGCUGCGAAAGGGAGACCUCCGGGCGGAGGCGGAGGAGCGCGCCCGGGAGCGGGGCCUCCUUCCCCGGGGCACUCUGGACGUGCGCAGAGGCCCCCGGACCCGGCGGGAGGAAGGCGGCGCGGGGCUCCUCCGGGAUGGGGGGGGUCUCCCUUCGCAGCUGACGCUGGAGAGGAGCUGGAGCCGCCAGGGGAUCUCCUCCUCCUCCUCCUCCUCCUCCUCCUCCUCCUCCUCUUCCUCCUCCUCCUCCUCCUCCUCUUCCUCCUCUUCUGCUGCCCCCCCCCCCGGGUCCAAAGGCGUAACGCGCUGCAUCAGACACGGGAGCCGGAUUUUGCAGCGGCCAACCUGGUGCCCACGAGCAGGACCUGGGCGCUGCAGCAACACUCCCCUCCUGCGGCGCCAGCCACUGGCACUCCGAAACACGAAAGCCUCUGUGGCUACCAAAUAGGGGCUCCAGCGCCCUCAUCUUGGCCAAAAAGGCGCCCCAACAGGAUGCCCCCAACAGUGCCCUUGACAGCCACCCCCCCAAAGCCUUUGGAAGCCCAGCUGCCCUCCGUGACUUAGCCCGGUCCCCUUUGAAAGCCACCCAACCGGAGGGAGGACCCUCGUGGCCUCUGCAGGGACUGGAUUCCAUUGGGUGGGGUUUGUUUAGUUUUACUCCCGGUAGACCCACUGAAGUUAAUGGGCCUAACUUAGCGGAAUGUCACCCAUCCUUUAACUGUGUGCUGGUUCUGGGCCUUUGUCAUCUUAUUUUAUUCUGUUUUUGUUGAUUUGUCACAGAUGUUCUUGCUCUUAUCUGUAAGCUGCUUUGAGUCCCUGUCAGCAAUGAAGGCAGCAUCUAACUAAAUAAAUUGAUGAUGAUGAUAAUAAAUGUGCAGGCUCACACAUGCGCAUGUAAAGAAUAGCAGAGAAUAAAAACAGAUUGCGCGGCUGGGGUGGCCCCUAGCCAGGUUCUAUGAUGCAUCCGUGGAGCUUGGCCGUGACCGUCCAGGUGUGCCUCUCCCUCCAGGUACUUCAGGUGGUGGUACCGGAAGACUCGCGUGGAGAAGAAGCACCCCUUCAUCAACCUCUUCAACUCCCAGCCCCUGCGCCAGAUCUACGGUGAGCAGGGCGGAGCUUGGCUUCUCCUGUGCCCAGGGAGCCGUGCCCAGGGUGACGGGCAGAGCCAGCCAGGGAUUCCCUGCAGUGGGAGGCAGGGAGCAGAAGGGGGCCUGGCUGGGCCGCUGCCGUGGCUUGCUGGCGAAGGGGAAGGGUCUGUCUGCCUCCCGCAGGGCUGGAGCUCACCAGCCCGCCACCCUCGCUUUCCCCACAGGCUGCCCGUUGGGGGGUUUUGGCGGCGGCACCAUCACACGAGGCUGGCGGGGGGACUUCUGCCGGUGGCAGCUGAACCCUGGGCUCUACCACUACAAGACGGUGAUCGCUGACCAGGUGCGUAGCUGUGCGAGGACUUGGCCUCCUGGUCUGUGCCCCUGGGGUGGGCGUGGCAGAGUUGGCGCGGCUGGCCGAGGCUCUGGGGGUCUUGGGACUCUCUGCCCUCUCAGAUCAGCUGCCUUGUUGGCCGGAAACCUGCCUCCCUUCCCUGCCUUUGCUCCCCUGUGCUCAGGCUGCCCCUCACCUGGCUUUCCACCCCCCCCAUACCAGUUCACCGUCUGCCUGCGCCGGAAGGGCCAGACCGUCUACCAGCAGGUGUUGUCGAUAGAGAAGCCCAGCCGCCUGCAAGAAUGGAACUGGGGUUUCUGCGGCCACUACGCUUUCUACCACGCGCUCUACCCCCGCGCCUGGGCUGUCUACCAGCUGCCCGGGCAGGACGUCGUGCUCACCUGUCGGCAGGUCUCCCCCAUCAUCCCUCACGAUUACCAGGUGAGCCUCUUCCGUACCUGUGAAGGUACCUCUGUGGGGCUGAGGGUGAUGGGUUGCAUUGUUCCAUGGCAGGGAAAGAGAGGUGGGGGCACCUGGGAGCCUUUCAGCUCACUUUGUUGGCCCUUUAUUGCAUGCUCAUCCUUUUACUGCGUGCUUUUCUCUGGAGAGAAACUCUUUGCAGAGCAGUUUUUGGGACCAGCUGGGAAAAGCCGGCAGCCCAACAGUGUCCAGGGCCGGAUUUAGGUUUGAUGAGGCCCUCGGCUCCUGAAGGUAAUGGGGCCCCUUUGUAUGUCCAGCUUUGUCAACAACAAAUAGUUGCAGUUUUUGUGUUGAAUAUAUGCUAUAUGGCAAUUUAUGGACCUAAGUGGUAUCUCAAGCCAUUUGCAUAUGUUGCCCUGCAACCAGUCCAUGCAGAAUGUUGGCACCCUAUAUAUAGAAAGGAGCAAAGCAGGGAUAUUUGAGGGAGCAGGCGAGCAGGCGGGGCCCAUGACUUACAUCAUAGGCACCUCCACAACACAAAACAUGGUUGCUGUAUGUAGGUUUUAUUUUAUUUGUUUUUUAUCUUAUAUAUUGGAAAUGUACAUCGUUUCUUUUCCCUUUAAAUUUUUUUGGGGCCCCCAAGAGAGUGGGGCCCUAAGCUAUAGCUUGUUGAGCUUAUAUGUAAAUCUGGCACUGGCUGUGUCCCAUCCUGGCAGCAGUUGGAAGGCUGGCCAGUCCCAGCUUGUAUCUUGAACCAGCACCUCCUGAUUAAGUGGCACUGGGUGAAUUCUUUAGCACCCUGAGGCUCCCCCCUCCAUUGGGGUGUUUGACCCUGGCCCCCUCUCAGAGCGGGGGCCCAUCCUCAGACACCUGAGGGCCAAGAGCAGCUGGCCGGGCUUGGUGAGGGUCCACAAGCAGGCAAGGCGCAGGUGACAGGUGGCUUCAGGUGACACCGCUUCCCCUCGGAGGUGAUGGUGGUCUUGGUGGCUGCUCUGAAAGGGAAGAGGCAAGAGGAAUUAUGCUUCCAUUCAUAUUUUUUAUAUGAAUAUUUAUCGAAUUUUAUAACAAAUAAUGAUACAAAUCUCAUUCAUCGUGUUAUAUACAAUUAUUCUCCCUCCCCUCCUCUGGACUUCCCCUUCUGCUGAGUUAUUUAGUUUUAUUUAUUGUAUCCUGCUUUUCCUACACAAAAAUAAAAUCCCUUAUCAUUUAUCUAAAAUAUCUGUUACUCAAAUGAAAUUGUGAACGUUUAUUCAAAUCCUGCCAGUGAACCCAGUCCAUUCUGUUGUUUCUGUUUCUGUUGUUUGAAGUUCUUUUUGUCCUUCUCACAUAGUUUGUCUGUUAGCUUAGCCAAUUCUGCAUAGUUCAUCAGUUUUUCUUGCCGUUGUUCCUUUGAUGGUAUUUCUUCCGUCUUCCAGUAUUGUGCAAUCAAGAUUCUUGCCGCUGUUGUAAAUAAUGUCCAUUUCUCUUUAGGUAACUCUUGAUUUGAGAUACGUAACAAAAAGGCUUCCAUUCAGAGGGUUGAACAAGGCAACAAACACCUUUUUGUGGUUUUGGCACAAGCUGCUGUUCCAAACCAAGAAGGGCAUAACAGGAUUUAGUAUCUUUAUUAAACCUACAUGUGGUAGUUUUAAUGAGCAUGUGGUAAGCGGAUUUGUCACUAAUGUAGAGAGAGUAGUAGUAGUAAUAAUAAUAAUAAUAAGAAUAAUUAAUAAUGUAGAGAGAGUAUCGGCAGACUCUCCUCCAGCUCAGUUCACAGGUAACAUUGCAGCUCUGGCUCUCUGGACUAUCAUCAUGACAUGCCUUAAGUAGAGGAAGUGGCGAUAGAAGAAUCUUCAGGGACCUGAAAUACUAGUUUUCAGGGCCUGCUCACUUCCAUGUUGUCCUUUCCAAAAGCACUGUUGACCAGGGUUGCGGAAAGUUUGGGGGUUUCGCUCCCAAACCAGAACUGCUGGAAUAACCUCUCUAGCAAACAGUGUCUCUACCACUGAAACGUUAAUUGUCUUACUGAGACAAUGAGGCAGAAACUCCCAGUCCAACAUCCUGUGACUCUUUCCUGAUAGGCAGGCUGGAAACUUGUUCCUUUGGGUGCCAUUUGGGACAGAACCCGGGGCCAGGUCAGGAGAGGGCAGCCCUGUGGAAAACAAGAGGAGCCCGUUGCUCCCACUGGACUGUUUUGAGGCAGUUUCACAAUGCAAAUUGUUUUACGUAAGAGCAGUUCCAAGCCCAAUGCGGAGAGCAGCUGGCCCUAAAGUCCCGCAACCUGCAUCCUUGCUGGUAAUAAGAAUAAGAAGAAGAAUAACUUAUUAUUUAUACCACACCCAUCUGGCUGGGUUUCCCCAGCCACUCUGGGCGGCUUUCAACCGAAUAUUAAAAACAAUACAGCAUCAAACAUUAAAAACUUCCCUAAACAGGGCCGCCUUCAGUUGUCUUUUAAAAGUAAAACAGUUGUUUAUUGCCUUGACAUCUGCUGGGAGGGCGUUCCACAGGGCAGGUGCCACUACGGAGAAGGCCUUCUGCCUGGUUCCUUGUAACCUCACUUCUCGCAGGGAGGGAACUGUCAGAAAGCCCUCAGCGCUGGACCUCAGUGUCUGGACUGGAUGAUGGGGGUGGAGACGCUCCUUCAGGUAUACAGGACCGAGGCAGUUUAGGGCUUUCGAGAUCAGCACCAACACUUUGAAUUGUGCUCGGAAAUGUACUGGGAGCCAAUGCAGAUCUCUCAGGACUGGUGUUAUGUGGUCUCAGCAGCCCCUCCCAGUCACCAGUCUAGUUGCUGCAUUCAGGAUUAAUUACAGUUUCCAAGUUACCUUCAAAGGGAGCCCCACGUAGAGCGCAUUGCAGUAGUCCAAGUGGGAGAUAACUAGAGCAUGGACCACUCUGGCAAGUCAGUCUGCGGGCCCUAUUGAAACUUUGCCCCUAUUGAAGUUCCUUUUGUUACUUUGGGCCCAGUUCUCCACCCCUGAGCUGUGCCAUUUCGCUAAUGCCAGCAGCGCUGUGAACAGCAGAGACACUCUGAUUUGACCAGCUCUUGUAUGCAUACUGGGGUGUGCGUUAAUCUUUUAGAAACCCAAAACUAUGGGGGGGGGUGGAACGAACCAAUUUUUCCUUCCUUGCCACAAGCUAUGAAUUCACAUGCCAAAAGCCAUGUGUGGCAAGCACAAUGCUGUCUCUGUAGGAUGGCUUGAAACUUACCCAUUUCUUUCACUUCAAUUUCUUUCAAACUUCCUGGUCUGCUGUUAUCUUGACACACAAACGUCUCUCUCUUGUUUAGCUGGUUCUCAAGUGUGGCAGGCCCAAGGUAACUACUUCUACUUCUUGUAUGAAUACCAAGCAAACAGUGGAGAUCCUUACCUCCAAUGCUGCCUAGCCAUGCGCUCUUCAUCAAACAGCUGAGAAGCCUGUCUCCAUUCCAGAACCACGGAUGCAAACUCAACCGAGCAUGUUGCUAACAAGAGAGGGGUUGAUAGUUCUGACUAUGUCUCAAUAGAUCUUCAGGGUAAUAUUUGUAUUUUCCAAAAAGUAAAGACCCAGGACUAGGUUCCAAAUAUAUUAUCACCAGUGAGUGGCAAAUAAACUAAAAUGGCUCUUAAGCUGAAAUUAAGAUUGAUAAAGCAAGUAGAGACUUACUUACCUUUGUAUUACACUUUUAAUCAAUAUUACUGCACAUAUCAAUAUUUAAUCAAUAUUACCGUACAUAUCAAUAUGCUGGUGAUGGAAAGGGCUCGGUUGUCGCUGCUUCCUGCCCCACACAGCCUCCUUUCUGCAGCCCCUGACCCCCUCGCUGCCUUUUGUCGCCUCCAGGACACCAGCCUGCCCGUGGGGGCUUUCCUCUGGGACGUGGAGAACCAGAGCGGGGAGGACAUGGAGGUCUCCCUCAUGUUCACCUUCCAGAACGGCACCGAGUCCAAGGGGGACCGGAGUGGGGGCCACUGGAACGAGCCCUUCUGCCUGGAGAAGGACGGCCGCUGUGUCCGGGGCGUGCUGCUUCACCACUGCCCCCCAGUGAACCCCUACACGCUGGCCAUCUCCGCCCGGGAGAAGGUAAGGAGGAGGGCGUCGUGCAAGGAGGACGUCCGGAGGGAGGCCAGCCCCUCCUGCCAUGGUGGGGGAGAUCACUGUUGCGUUCCGAAGGCAAGGAAGGAUUGGACCCUGAUGAAUAAAAUACACACGAGGCUUGGCCAGCAAGGCUCCGGGAGGAAGUGCCAAUAAUAAUCUGUCAAACCCUGGCCCAGGACCCUUUUAUUAACAAAAUAAUUUAUAACACAGCGCUUGUAAGAACCAAUCAGAUGUCCUCUGAGCAUUUCAAAAAAACCUACCACGUGGUACAGAGUUAGAUCAGAGAACUCCUUUUAACUACAAAAACUACUUUGAGCAUGCAUACACGUUUUUAGGCUAAAUAAAACAGGGAUCAAGGAGGAAUGCAUUUUGCAAGCACAGGAGGUCAUAAACAGCAGUAAACAGGAGAGGAGGGAUGGCAAGGAAAGAUAGGCAUUUUUAGCAUCUCCUUGUGAACUCUCUUCCUGGCCCUUAAGAUCUACCUAGACUAACAAAAGCUACAUCAAAGCUACCUUCUAUCUUUAUGGCCCAGGAUGCCUGGUGAAGCAACCAGUCUGUGUUUCAGAAUGCUGAUACGUGCCUGUCAGGCAGAGAGAAAGAAAAUGAACAGUAGAGAAGAUGGGCAGAGAUGCAGAGGCUUAUGGGAUUUGAUCAGAAAGUAUUGUCAAUGACUCAAACCCAGUCAACACAAUGCUUUCACUGUUGACACAAUGGCUUGCUUCAUUUUUCAUAAUUCCUCAUAGCAAUCCCACCUGACCCCCACAGAUCACUCCACUCUCAACUCACCUGUCUCACAGGUGGGACUCUGGGCUGCUGGCCCCCUCCCUUGGCGCCCGGUCUUUGCCACAGGGCCGGGUUUCGAUUCCUUCGCUCUCCCCUCUAGGCAGGCACCACCGUGACCCACCUCACCACGUUCAACCCUGCUGGCACUGGGCAGGAAGUGUGGCAGGACCUCCUGGCAGAUGGCAAGCUGGCGUCCCCACCAGGUGAGCCCCAGGCCCCCCAGGAGGGGGUGGCACAGAGGGGGCGGGGAGGGAGCAAAAGGCCAGGUGCCCUGACAUGCAAAGAGUGUGCUCUCUCUUUCAGGGAAAAGCCCCCCAACGGAGAAGGGGGAGGCUUGUGCAGCAGCUGUGUGUGCCACCUGCACGGUGCCAGCUUCCGGGCACUCAACGCUGGAGUUUGCCUUGGCCUGGGAUAUGCCCUGCAUUCGGUUUGGCUCCAAAGAGAAGGAGCACCGCAGGUGAGCGCCUGAUGCUGCGGCCGAAUGAUACAUUUCGUAAGGUUUGGCUUCAUAGCUGAGGGAUCACCUGAGGCAAGUGUGGGCCUGAUUCCAGCCUCCUCUCGGCCAGGCAUUCUGCUGCUGCGGGUGGGGCCGGCUGCACUGGCAGGCUGUGCCACAGUGUGCUCAGCUGGCACACCCAGCCUCACCCAGACCGGGUGACGAGAACUUGUGGGCACCCGGGGAAGCUGGAUGUUGGAAGAAAGUCCUUUGCACCGCGCAGAGUUAAACUGUGGAACACUCUGCCCCAGGAGGCAGGGACGGCCCCCGACCUGGAGGGCUUUCCAAGAGGGCUGGAGAGAUUCAUGGGGGAGGAUGAGGAGUGGGCAGUCGAGGGCCGCUGGCCAUGUUGGCGCUGCUCUGCUCCCCACAGCCAGAGGCAGUGAUGCUUCUGACCCCCCCCCCCAGGGGAAAGUGUUGCUCUUGCGCUUGUGGGAAGAGGAUGGUGGCCCUGAUCCAGCAGGCAUUCUUCUAUGUCCUUGUGUCCAGUGUAAGAAGCUGUGCCCCCCCUUUGUUCCCAACCUGCUCUGAGGCAUUUUCCAUUGGGGGGGGCAACGCAGGCAGGCAGGAGAGAAACCAGCCCCCCUGACCUGCCACCUUGUGUUGCCUGCUGUUUGCAGGCCUCCUGGUCGGUUGGCACAGUCUUACCCCUAGGAAAUGACAGUCCUGGCUGUGGCCUCCCUUAGCCCCCCGUGACCCAUGCACCGCCCCCCCAACCACUGAGCAGGGCUCUGUGCAGACCCCCCCCCCCCGGAGUUGCCCUUGUAUCCCUCCCCAAACCAGGGAGAUUCCCAGACCGAGGCUCACAAAGGGAGAGGCGGGAGCUGAGCUGUUGGCUCAGGAAAUAACUAGACCCAGCCUGUGACCUUGACUCACUUUGUUCUUUUGUGUCCUGUAGCAAAUAGUUGCUGCUAUUUUUUUGAGUUUAGUCCAGGAAUCAUUGAUUGUAGUUGUUGAGUCUGGAUUUCUGUUUGUUUGUUAUUUGGUAAUAUUUUGAGAGUUAAUUUUAUUGUGCAAUGUUAUAUUCUGAAUAGACCGUUGAAUAUUACUUUAUGUUAGCUGAUUGUUUAAAAGUAACAUUUAUGAGGAGUUAGUGGCAUUGGGUGGGAUUUUUCCUGGACGUGGGAUCUUCCUUUUGCUUCCUGUUGCUUCUCCGGCUUGGCAGCUGCCUUGGGUGGAGCGAUACAGAAAGUGGUAAACAAACUAAAAGUGAAACGAAAAAUGGAAAAUUGAGGGAGUUGACCUGAGAGGGCUAGAGAGAAAUGCAAGCCAUGUGGAGGCCGGGCAGAGUGGCUGGACCUGUCCUCUGCCAGGCCGUGCCCAGCCUCCCCAUUUUGCCUGAGCGGGACUUGAACUGUGUGCCCUUUUCCUGCUCCAGAAGAAGAUGGGGGGCAGAGGAAGACCCCUGUCAUUCCCACGCGAUGCCUGGGCAGCCUCGCCAUCCCGUCUGCCACCUUCUGAAUGUGCAGGGGGCACCACCCCCCAGACUGGCACAUGGGCAUCUCUUCUUCCCCCCCCCCCAUUGAAGGCUGGCAGGGAGGUCCGCAUCUUUCCCCUCAAGCGGAAGGGGCUUGAUCACAGCCCUGCUGCAGCCCCUGGGAUUGGGCCCUUUGGGAGGUGGGAAGCCAGCACAAAGGCCUCUCGCCCAGAGACCACCCCUGCUCCCUGGAGCAGCCUGACGCGGGCAAGGAGUGGGCAGAGGGUCCCUGCCUGCUGUUUCUGGCGAGUGCUGAGUCUGGUGCCCUGAUGUGCCUUCCUCCUCCUCCUCUUCCUCUUCCUCUGCAGGAGGUACACGCGCUUCUUUGGCAGCAAGGGAGAUGCCUGCCCGGCUCUGUCUCACUACACCCUCUCGUGCUACCAGGCGUGGGAGGAGAAGAUUGAGGCCUGGCAGCGCCCCAUCCUGGAGAACAGGUACAGCCCUCCCUCUUCUGGCAGACACAGGCCGGGAGCAGAUCCUGGCCGCCAGGAAGGGCCGGGGGGGGGUCUCCCCCCACCUGAUGGGGUUCUCCUGGCCAGGCUGCUCAGGCACCCACACCAGGCCAGAGGGCCCAGGCCAGGGCAGGCGAGUGACUGUCUGCAAGCCCGCAUGGGGGUCCGUGAUAUGAGCUGCCCCCAUGGGACAGUCCUGCCCCUCCCUGAGUGUGGUGUGGCCCUCUGCCCCCCCCCCAGCUCCCUUUCCUUCCCUAAUAGGGCAAGAACCUCCGAUAUAUCUGCUAGGCACCAAAUGGCCCCUUAAACCCAACAUAAUGUCUGUUUGCCCGGUGGGCGCCUGAACUCAAUGACCCUCCGGGUCCCUUCCAAUUCUCCAAUUCUAUGGUCUCAGCUCCGUUGCUUGGCCACUGCUUGCUCGUACCAUUAUUCGUUUGUCCCAGUAUGCAAGAGGGAGAAACACGCACAGUGAAAAUGGCGUGAACUAUGGACUAAGGCAGAGGUUUUUAAACUGCGGUUGCCAACCUGGCACCCAGAAUUCUCCAGGUAGUUGCCAUUGGACCAAUGCUAGUAGCCAAGAUGUCUGGCCCCUGGCUAAUUUCUAGCCCUGCUCCCGGGUGGGGGCUUGGGGAUCCCUGCACCUCCUUCCUUGUGAUAGACUCCCAGAAUUGCAGAGUAGGAAGGGGGUUCCAGGGAUCAUCUCUUCCCAUCCCUGGCACCUGGCAGGUGGUCAUCCGGCCUCUGAUAAAGGAGGGUCCUCCCCCUCCUGUGGUUUUGAGGGAGGGCGUGGCAGUAGCCGGCUGGUUCUUCCUUGGGGGGCCCACGUACAAGUGCCUUUCUUUCCGCCCCCCAUUGCAGCGACCUGCCCCCCUGGUACAAGUCUGCCAUCUUCAAUGAGCUGUAUUUCCUGGCAGACGGAGGGACCCUGUGGGUGGAGCUUCAGCCGGAAGACCCCGCGGCCGCCCUGGGGGCCUCCCUGGGACUCUCCCAGCACCUUGCGGUCCUGAAGGAGUACGGGAGGUUUGCAUACCUGGAAGGUGAGGGGCAGGACUCUGCCCUCUGCCACGGCUUCUGCCCCAAGCGGCAGAGGGGGGGGUCUGUGGCAUGUGGCGGGAGGGGAGAGGGAAGGGCACCAGGGGCUUUGCCACCCCCAGCCUUGGGUCAGACUGAGGCACCACAAAUUUAAAGCAAUGUGCACCUUGGGAACUGUAGUUGCCCUUCCCAGCACCCGUAAACUACAGUUCCCAGGAUUAUGGAAGGGGGGAGUUCUUUGGACGUAUGGUGUGUGCAUUCUUGGGGCCGGGAGUUCCGCCGGUGCCCACCUGCCCGCUUCCCUCUGCUGCUUCCAGGCCAGGAGUACCUCAUGUACAACACCUACGACGUCCAUUUCUAUGCCUCCUUUGCCCUCGCCAUGCUGUGGCCCAAACUGGAGCUGAGCCUGCAGUACGACAUGGGUGGGUGAGCCUCCCCCCUCCCUCUGCCCGUCUGCCCACCCCCUCCCAGUCGUCUCUUCCCCCCCCCAAACGCCCCACGGGAGGGCCUCUGCUGGAGUCGGGUCCCGGGGGUGAACGGAGGGGGUAACAGCAGGGCAUCGCUUCUCCCUGGGCCUUGGCUUUUUCUGGGGAGGCCAAGGCCCCUUGAGCCAAAGGGGGGAGGGCAAGAGAGAGCGAGACCCCUCAACCCUGGACCCCCCCCUCUCUCUCCCGCAGCGGCCGCCAUCCUGAGCGAGGACACCCGGCCACGCAUGUACCUGAUGAGCGGGCAGACGGCGCAAGUGAAGCUGCGCAACGUGGUGCCCCACGACAUCGGGGAGCCUGGUGAGGCCGCACCUCCAGAGCCGCCCUGGCGCUCACUGGGCAAAGGGCAGCCCCCCACCCUGGCAAAAGAGGCGCAGGCUGAUCUCACCGCAGGCACAGCGAUGCCCCCUGGCCCCCACUUGCCAGAUCCGAGAACCCCCCUUCCAGCUGGGGGCGCAUCUCAUUUAUUUCCUGUAUUGCCUUUCUAUCCCACUGUUUUCUCCCAGGAGCUCAAAGGGGUGCCAGCAAUUCUCCCUGCACACAUUUAGUCUCCACCACACCCCUGCGAAGGGACGCGGGUGGUGCUGUGGGUCGAACCACAGAGCCUAGGACUUGCCAGUCAGAAGGUCGGCGGUUUGAAUCCCCGCGACGGGGUGAGCUCCCGUUGCUCGGUCCCAGCUCCUGCCCACCUAGCAGUUCGAAAGCACGUCAAAGUGCAAGUAGAUCAAUAGGUACCGCUCUGGCAGGAAGGUAAACGGCAUUUCCGUGCGCUGCUCUGGUUCGCCAGAAGCAGCUCAGUCAUGCUGGCCACAUGACCCGGAAGCUGUACACCGGCUCCUUCGGCCACUAAAGCGAGAUGAGUGCCGCAACCCCAGAGUCGGUCACGACUGGACCUAAUGGUCAGGGGUCCCUUUACCUUACACCCCUGCGAGGGAGGCUAGGCUGAGAGGCAGCAAUUGGCCCCCAAAACACCCAGUGAGCUUAGUGGCCCCAUGUUUUUUUUUUUUUAAAAAAUAGUUUUUAUUAAAGAAGUUCUUGUGUUACAAAACAAAUAAACAAGGAAAGGUACAUAGAGCGUCUCCACCAUCGGUUCCAAGAGCCUUGUUUGCACUUCAUUUACAUUUGGUCUGAGACUCUCCUGUCAUAGCCCAGUGGGGAUUGGAACCCGGGUCUCCCUCCCAGGUCUCAGUAGCCCAACGCCUGACCCGCUGCCCCUCCCUGGCUCUCCAGCCGAGGCCCCGCGUCAGGCAGGAUGGGGCCUGAGAGUCUCCCUAAGCCGCUGCUGCUUCUUGCCAUUCACCGCCAGCUCAGUUGCCCCCCAGUGCCCCCUCUGAUCUCGGGAGAAAGGGGGCCUUUCUGUGCAUUUUUGCCCUCUCUCCGUGGGGCUGCCUCUGCCUUCAGAGGGGCCUGAGACACGCUUGGAGGGGGUCCUCCUCAGGGUGGAAUUGAUUUAAAUCGAUUUCAAUCACAAUUUCGAUCACUAGUCAGUAAGACUUGGUUUCAAUCAUUUUUACAGAAAGACUCCUCCUUGCUGGUACAAUCUUAAUAUUUACAACCAGAUGAAGGUUUCCUUUUUGGAAUAAUAAAUUUUCAGAGUAGUUUUUACAGUUAUAUCAAAUAUUACUGAUAUGGUUAUACUAUUAGAAAUACAUAGAAAGAGAAUUGUGAAAUUACAGUGAGGUUUAAUAAGUUAAUUGUUUAGAUUUGGACAGCUUUUCUGCUGCACUUUAUUGGAGAAAAACAAUAAUUUCCUUCAUAACAAUUUAAACAAUUUGUUUAACUAAAACAAUAACAUUAUAGCAUAUGUAUCCAUGUUUGUUAACUGAUGUGGUUAAACAAUUCUUUUUUAAAAAGCAACUUGAACUGAGUUUUAGCACACAUAAAAAAACUUAAAACAAAUCCUUAUUUCCUGAUGAAUAGCCUUUGGACUAUAAUGUAACUUGAACAGAAAACCUUUGGAAAGAUUUUUCUUCUGAAAGCAUUUUAUUUUAAAAAUCAGAUUUAAAUUUUAAAAAUCAGAUUUUUAAAUUUUUUUUAAAAAGACACGAUUGAUUUUUAUCCACCCUGGUCCUCCUCCUUUGCUUCUCCCUGGCCAGCCCUCUUUCUGCUUGGCCCUUCUCAGGCGCAUGCCCGGAUCGUGCCCUGGGUGCAGACUCCCAAGGGUGCAGGGGUGGGGCAACGGGCAGGGGGACCCCCUGGGCCUCACUCUCCCCCCCCUCUCCCCCCAGAUGACGAGCCCUGGCAGCACCUCAACGCCUACCUGAUCCACGACACGGCCGCCUGGAAGGACCUGAACCUGAAGUUUGUGCUGCAGGUGUAUCGCGACUACUACCUCACGAAAGACUCUGCCUACCUGCGGGACAUGUGGCCCGUCUGCCAGGUAACGCCAGGAGGCGGGCUGGGGGGCGGUGGCAAGGCUGGGGCAGGCCAUGGCAGGGGCCAGGCCCCAAACGCCCCCACCUCCUCCCUUCCACUCCCUGCAGGCCGUGAUGGAGUCUGAGCUGAAGUUUGACAAGGACGGCGACGGCCUCAUCGAGAACUCUGGCUUCGCCGACCAGACCUACGACGCCUGGGUGGUGACGGGUGCCAGGUGAGCAGGCAGGAGGGGGUGGGCUGGAUGACCCUCAGGGGGCCCUUUCCAACCGGGAUUCUUUGAGGAGGGCUGCCCUGGCCAAGUGCUGAGCUGGGCUCAACACCCCCAGGUGGUUGCAGCGGCAGAGUGGUCAGUUUUGGGGCAGGCCCAGGCGGGCAUCUGGCGGGGAGGAUCUGCGCUUUGAAAGGGGAGGGGCUCCCUCUGCCAAAAUGGCUGCCUAGGCUGAGAGGGCAAAACAAGAACAACAAACCUCUGGUUACGUGAAACACACUCAGUAAACACACAAGACGUAACCGGCUGUACUUUUGAAUAAAUAAGGUAUAUUAUUCAUUGUCUCAAACUGUAGAUUCCAACAGAAGUCUCAUAAAGUUCAACAAAAAAAGCAGAAGACCCAGUGGAUCAGUUCAUCCUCUAGUCAGUUCAUGCAUAAGGUCCACACAUAUAUAAGUUUCUGUUCCACCUGUCUGUUCACAGAGUCCAGUACAGUGGUACCUUGGGUUAAGUACAGUGGUACCUCGGGUUAAGUACUUAAUUUGUUCCGGAGGUCCAUUCUUAACCUGAAACUGUUCUUAACCUGAAGCACCACUUUAGCUAAUGGGGCCUCUUGCUGCUGCUGCGCCACUGGAGCACGAUUUCUGUUCUCAUCCUGAAGCAAAGUUCUUAACCCGAGGUAAUAUUUCUGGGUUAGCGAAGUCUGUAACCUGAAGAGUCUGUAACCCGAGGUACCACUGUAAUCCACAUGAAGGGUUGUUACAGUUCCACAGAAUCCUUUCACAGAGUCUUACGCAUGAACUGACUAGAGAGCCUCCUCCUCAGUUUUUAAAAAUAUUUUAUUAAUUUUCAAAAAAUCUGCAAGAUGCAGUGUCAUUACACAGGAUCUGAUGACAACAUGCAGAAUCCAUAUGCAAUUAGAGACCGCAGUUGAACAAGUACAGACAUGGAAUGAAACCCAAAUAAAUAAAUGCACCAGAGGUGUGUUGGGUGCCUGGAAGGCAGCAACUGGAACAGAUUAUGGCACAGAUUUGAUGUUUAAACAAGGCAGGAAUGCAAAACACGGGCCUUGCCAUACCAAGGGAAAGGAUUGCAGUAUUCAAAUAACCCUGCGAGUCAGUGGCUCUUUUGGUUUGUGGGCCAAGGAGGUGGUCCUCAGCCAUGUUCCUCCUUUCUUACAAAUGAAAUAAAGGCAAAGCAGACAGCUACAACCCCCCCUUUUUUUUUCUUUGGCCCCAGAGGACUCUUGGCUUCUUCUUUAGCUUUUGCAGCCACAUUUCAUAUCCCACAUUUCAUGUGUCAAGUAGCAAGACUGGCCCCAUCUCUCUUUUUUAAAAAUAAUUUUUAUUAAAGUUUUACAUUUUUUUAACAUCAAAAUAUCAUAAUAUAUAACAAAAAUACCAUUCCCCAAUUCCCCCCCGCCCCAUGACUUCCCUCCACUUCCUCUUCUGGUUUUUUGGCAUAUGAACUCCUCCUGCUUAUUUUGUUAUUUCUUAGUUUUUAAGAUUUUUUAAAAUAUUUAUUAUUAUUUUCUAAUCAUUUUGGCAUAUUCAUUCUAUUUCCGUCAUUUAUUUUGUUAUUUGCAAGUGUUUAAUGAACCCCUGCAAGUGAGUCCAUUUCUUUGCAUUGAUUCUGUAAAUAUGACAUGAACGGUUCCCAGUCUUUCUUGAAAUCUCUAUUGCCUUGUCUCGAAGUCUUUCCGUUCACUUGGCCAUUUCAGCGUCUUCCAUCCAUUUCCCUUGCCAUUCUUCUUCUACACUUUUCCAUCUUUGUGCUGGCAAUAUCCUAGCUGCAGUUGUAGCAUACAUGAGAAGUUUUUUCUUCUCUUUUGGCAAAUCUUGACUAGACUGGCUGCAUCUCAAAACGAGAGUCUUUUAGGAGCAGACACGCCCAGUUGCGCCCAGAGUUGGGGGCUGGUCCCUACUUGCAAAUCAAUAGUCAAUAGUAACAAAAACUAAUCCAAAAGUAUGUAUUCUGACAAGGAUUACAAACUCUAACAGAGAUUACAAACAAACUCAUAAAAAUAUGUAUAACACAAUAAUUCAUUACAGAAUUAAAGAUAAGAGUUUAUCAGUAGAGGUAAGUUCAUGUUAGUCCAGAUUCGUCGUGGUAGCUUUUCUGUGCUCAAGAUACACGUUGCUCUAUCCACACGUAGUUGUUAUCCUUGAGAAAUGUAGAAAAUAACAGGAUAUAUUUAUCCGAAAGUCUUCAAACUUACAUGACCCUUUAAAAAUUAGCUGAUAAAGGUGAAUACAUCGAAACAGGGUCCUGUCCUGGUCUCUGAUCCAUAAUUGACUUCUGACUUCCACUCAAUGAUUGAAACUAAGACCUCCACGACAAAUCUGGGCUAACAUGAACUUAUCUCUGCUCAUGGCAGGCCAGGGCAUGGCUGGCAUGUGGCCCCACAGCAACUAAUCUGCAAAUAGCCAACAGCGCCCCCCUCUGGCUAGACACAGCAAGAGGCCUGAGCAGUGAGUCCCUCCUCAGCUGCAGCCCACCGGUCUGAGGACCCCAGAGCCCCAGAGCUGCUCUGCCCUCCAGCCCCCCUUCUGGUGGUGGCCCCAGCGUGGGCCCCGGUUUCCCAGCUAGGAGGGCUCCCCACGGUGCCCGUGUGCCAGGGCCGGCUCCUGCCAACCUCCUCCUCCUUUGCUUUGGCAGCUCCUACUGCGGAAGCCUGUGGCUGGCGGCUCUCAGCAUGAUGUGCCAGAUGGCGCAGCUCCUUGGCGAGGAGGAUGCCCGGCAGACGUACUCUGCCAUCCUGGCGAAGGGCACAGCGGCCUUUGAGAAGCUGCUCUGGAACGGUGCGUGGGGGCAAAGGCGGCUGCCUGCCUGCCUGCCUUCUCUGGGGGUGAGGGGGGGCUCUGGGAUGUCUGCAGGCGUCUCUCUCCCGCCCGGGAUCACCCUCACUCCGCCCUCUCCUCCAGGGAAGUACUAUAACUACGACAGCAGCAACAGCACCUCCUCGGACAGCAUCAUGUCUGACCAGCUGGCUGGGCAGUGGUUCCUCCGCGCUUGCGGCCUGGGAGAGGGCAAGUCUGAGGUGAGGAGGGCAAGGAGGGUCCCAGAGGGGGAGGGGGCUCGUCCGCAGUCGCGAGGGUCCCACCAGGACGCAGGGAGUCAUCCUUGGUCAGCUUCCAUGGCAGUGGAGGGUCAGCCUGUGGAGGGACUCCCCUCCUUUUCCCAGGGGCUGGUGGGGGGUCAGGCACCCCUCUUGGAGGCUCACAUCAGAUCACUUUCAAAAGACACCCGAAAGCAGCCCUGUGCAGGGAAAGCGCCUGCUGAAUCCCCAGUGUCAGAGAGUUCCAUAGGACUUGGUUGAGGACCCUAAAGCACGGGUAGGCAAAGUAAGGCCCAGGGGCCGGAUCCGGCCCAAUCGCCUUCUCAGUCCGGUCUGCGGAAGAUCUGGGAAUCAGCAUGUUUUUACAUGAGUAGAAUGUGUCCUUUUAUUUAAAAUGCAUCUCUGGGUUAUUUGUGGGGCAUGGGAAUUCAUUCAUGUAUUUUUUCAAGAUAUAGUCUGGCCUCCCACAAGGCCUGAGGGACAGUGGACUGGCCCAGUGCUGAAAACGUUUGCUGACCCUGCACGAAAGGCUGUUUUAUACUGCCAUCAGCUGAGUCUUGCAAACUCAAUUGACCAGUGAUUCUACAGCAGAUGAUCUCAGUGGCUGCGCUGGGACAGAAGGGCUCAGGGACCCGGGACCUCUGUUGUUCAGGGCUUGUGGUUUUAAUACCUUGUUGGGGCAACCCAGUCAGAUGGACAGCAUAUGAAGAAUAACUAUAAUUAUUAAUAUUAUUUACCGGUUUUUCACGUCUAUAAGACGCCUCCAUGUAUAAGCCACCCCCUAUUUUGGGGGACUCAGUUUUAAGAAAGUGAGGGGAGAUGCCCCCAAAUUGUUGAGCUUCUACCCCCUUGCCGCUGCGGGUGGGAAACACUCCCUAGAUCAUUUUCCGCCUGCAGCAGCACGACCCCAGUUUUUUGACAUGAUUUUUGAGUCAAAAGCCUCAUCUAACACACAGAAAAAUACAGUAUUAAGAUUUGUAUGCCGCCCUUCAUCUGAAGAUAUCGGGGCGGUUCGCAGCAUAAAAACAGACAGUCAAAAGACAAAAUGCAGAAUAGAAGCAAAGCGAGGGGCCAGGGUCCCCUGGGUGUCAGGAGGCCAGAGUCCUGCCCACCCUCCCUCUGCCCCUCCCGCAUUGCCGAGCGGGCUGGACUAGAUGGCCCUUGGGGUCCCCCGCUGCUCUCCCUCCCUGCAGGUCUUCCCCCAGAGCCACGUGCUGAGCGCCCUGAAGACCAUCUUUGAGCGGAACGUCAUGGGCUUCUCCCAGGGGACGAUGGGCGCCGUCAACGGCAUGCGUCCCAGCGGGGUCCCGGACCGCUCCAGCGUCCAGUCGGACGAGGUUUGGGUUGGCGUGGUGUAUGCCCUGGCCGCCACCAUGAUCCAGGAGGUGAGCGGGGGGUGGGCGCUGGGAUGGGCGGGCGAGAGAGGCGGGCUGGGGGCUGGCUCUCACCCCCCCUCCUCUUCCUCCUCUCCAGGGGCUGGUCCAGGAGGGCUUCCGCACGGCCGAGGGCUGCUACCGGACGGUGUGGGAGAGGCUGGGCAUGGCCUUCCAGACCCCCGAGGCCUAUUGCCAGAGGAGGGUCUAUCGCUCGCUGGCCUACAUGCGCCCCCUCAGCAUCUGGAGCAUGCAGCUGGCCCUGGAGCGCAGGGGGGCAGGGGAGGCCCAGGCGCCCCCCGCUUCCUCAGAGGCCUCUGACUCCCCCAUUGCCGUGAGCCCAUGAAGCGGCUCCCUCCCUCUCACGGCAGGCGUGGGGGUCCCACAACUGGCCAGCCAGGAAGGAGGGGCCUGUGGGUGGGGCUGCUGCCACCUCCCUGUUGGGCAAGGCCCCCCUAGUGUUCUUAAGCAUGUGGGGGGGCCCUGCAUGGCUGAGCCACUCCCUGGCGGGGGGGGUCUUGUUGCUGCACGGUGUGUAUGAAGGAUCUUUCUCUGCCCCCCCCCCUUUCUGACUGCCCUUUCCUCUUGGGGGUCAGUGGCAGGUGUCCCUGCCCGCCCCCGCCCCGCCCCGCCCCCAGUUCACAAGAGGAGCAGUGCUCCAUUUUCAAGGGGGUGGUAGAGGAAGGGGCCCUUCACCACCUGCUUCCCCCCCUUUUCUCUCCUACGAUUGAUUUGCACACAAUCAAGCUCUGUACAAUCUGGGGGCUGCCCCAGAGUUAUUUUUAGAUGCAGAAUAAUUUUAAUUUAAAAUAAACAGUUGUUGGCAUGGGGGGGCGCUCUGUGUAUUUUUGUGGGCGGAUGUCUGUUGCUCCAGGUGUGCUUUUAGGGGGUGGGGCAGACCCCCCUCUCCCCUGGCCAUUUCUGGGGCUUGCCUGGCCUGUUGGGUCUGUGGCCCAGCAUAGUUCCCUAAAUGCGGGGAGGGGCUGCAUCAACGUCCUGCCCCCCCCAGUGAUCCUCUGUGUUUCCAGGGAGUGCCUGCCCCUCGGCCUUCUCCGGGGUCAUGGGGUGGGGUCUGGCUCCCCUCUGGGAUGCCAAUACGCAAAUAGUAGGCUAGCCUUGAGAGUGAUUUCUCAUUGACAAUGGUGGAAAAGUUUCUUUAUUGGUUUUUUGGUCAUCAGCCCAUGAGACAGAGAAUUUAAAAGAAAGUUUAAGAAUACAGAAAGGCCAAUAAAAAGCCCUGAGCAAGCACAGUGAAUAAACUAUUGGCAACCGCUGCAUCAGACGUUUCCCCCACCAAAUGCCCUCUCUAGCGCAGGGGUCGGCAAGGUUUACCUCGCCUGGGCUGGUUCCCUCCAGCAGAGAAACCUCCGUGGGCCGGAGCGCGUGCACGGCCACAAUGUCCAGAGUCUGCGCAGACGCGAUUUCCGGUGCCACAGAAGGGAGUCCUCGCACUGUGUUGGUUUAGCGCAGCGCGCGGGGACUCACCAAGCAGGCGGCUCAAUUUGGG